AUGGAAAAUCCAGACGACAAUACUAACAUUACUGAUGCACGAUUGAGAGAAGCACAACAACGAACCAUGGAAAGACUAAUUCGAGGAAUAGAAGAGUUGACUGAUCGAAUAGGAAGAUUGGAGAUUCAAAAUCAAGCUCGACAGAGGACUCCACUACCUACACCCUCAACCAAUACAUAUGAGGGCGACAAUUUUGAUCACCACGAGGAUAAUCCACAUGCGGUUGGUCAUGGCUUGAUGCGAGGGAGAGACCAUGGAAGAAGGUAUCAUAAUUUACAACAACGAGUUCCUUAUGAUGAUAGAAUUGAUCGUAACGUGGGGAGCAUCAAAUUAAAACUUCCCAAGUUUUAUGGCAAAACCGAUCCAGAUGAGUACCCAGAAUGGGAGAAAACGGUGGACUCAGUGUUCAACUGUCAUAAUUUUAGUGAUGAAAAGAAGGUACUGUUAUGCAUUGCUCAAUUCAAACAAUAUGCUCAAAUUUGGUGGGAUAAAUUGAUGUCAAGUAGGAGAAGAAAUCUUGAAGCACCAAUUGAUUCAUGGGUCGAGUUCAAAGAGUCCAUGAGGAAGUGUUUUGUUCCACAAUAUUUUCAACGGGACAUGGCGCAAAAGCUUCAAGCAUUGAAACAAGGACGCAAAUGUGAGGAUUAUUACAAGGAGAUGGAUACAUUGAUGGAUCGACUUGAACUCGAUGAGGAAAUGGAGGCUCUCAUGGCGCGGUUUCUUAAUGGGUUAAACACAAAGAUUGCGGACAAGACUGAUUUACAGCCUUAUUCUAAUAUUGAGGAGUUGUUACACAUUGCAAUUAAGAUCAAGAGGCAAAUCCAACGAAGGUCUCAACGGUAUUCUUCUAAAACUUUUUCCAAUUCUACUUCUAAAUGGAAAAAAGAUACUAAAAACAUUGAUUAUAAGCAUAGAAAUCAAGAGAUUAAUGAGAAACCUCAAGCUAAAUUUGAGAGAGGGGAGAGUUCUAGAACAGGGAAAGAAAAAGUAGAAAAGUCUAAUGUUCGAAAUAGAGAUUUAAAGUGUUGGAGAUGUCAAGGGGUACGACACUAUAGUAGAGAUUGCCCAAAUGCAAGAAUUAUGACCAUCAAGGAGGGAGAAAUUGUUACGGAUGACGAGGCACAUGACGACAUAAAUGAGGAAACUGAUGAGAGUGAGGAGUUUAGCGAAGAGGACCCUACACAUAUAUCUUUGGUUACUCGACGAGCUCUAAACACCCACAUUAAGGAGGACGGCCUAGACCAAAGAGAGAACUUGUUUCAAACUCGUUGUCUUGUUCAAUCUGUACCUUGUAGUGUUGUCAUUGAUAGCGGUAGUUGCACCAAUGUUGUGAGUUCCAUUCUGGUCAAAAGACUUAAUUUGAAGACACAACCACAUCCAAGACCCUACAAGCUUCAAUGGUUGAAUGAUUGUGGGGAAGUACGGGUAACUCAACAAACUCUUGUUUCAUUUACUAUUGGAAAAUAUGUUGAUGAUGUUUUAUGUGAUGUUGUAUCCAUGCAUGUUGGAGAUUUACUACUGGGGAGGCCAUGGCAAUUUGAUCGUCGGUUUGAAGAUUUAUUUUCUGAGGAGAUGCCUAGUAGUUUGCCACCACUUAGAGGGAUUGAACACAAGAUUGACUUCAUUCCUGGCGCGCCCAUUCCAAACCGACCAGCAUAUAGGACUAAUCCAAAGGAGGCUGAAGAGAUACAAAGGCAAGUAAGUGAACUCCUUGCUAAAGGGUAUGUACGUGAAAGUUUGAGUCCUUGUUCUGUUCCAGUUAUUCUUGUACCUAAGAAAGAUGGUUCUUAGAGGUUUGUAGUUUCAUCUAAUGGUGUUGAGGUUGAUGAGGAGAAAGUGAAGGCUAUAAAAGAGUGGCCUACACCUAAAAAUGUGAGUGAGGUAAGAAGUUUUCAUGGUCUUGCAAGUUUCUACCAUAGGUUCAUUAAGAAUUUUAGUACAAUUGCUUCACCCUUGAAUGAACUUGUUAAGAAAAAUGUAUUCUUUAUAUGGGAGAAAGAUCAAGAACUUGUUUUUAAUACUUUGAAAGAAAAAUUGAGUUCUGCUCCUUUGCUUGCAUUACCUAAUUUUGAGUCUACUUUUGAAAUUGAAUGCGAUGCAAGUGGAGUAGGGAUAGGUGCUGUAUUAAUGCAAAAUCAAAGACCUUUAAUGUUCUUUAGUGAGAAGUUGACUGGUGCAUCUUUGAGGUAUCCAACUUAUGACAAAGAGCUUUAUGCUUUGGUUCGUGCAUUGCAAACCUGGCAACAUUAUCUUUGGCCUAAGGAGUUCAUUAUUCAUACGGAUCAUGAAAGUUUAAAGCAUUUGAGAGUACAAAAUAAACUCAACAGACGACAUGCUAAGUGGUUAGAAUUUAUUGAAACAUUCCCUUAUGUCAUAAGAUAUAAACAAGGUAAGGAGAACAUUGUUGCCGAUGCUUUAUCACGAAGGUAUGAUGGAUUUUUGUUCCGAAAAGGCAAACUUUGCAUACCAUCUUGUUCCAUACGUGAGCUACUUGUGAGGGAAGCUCAUGGAGGUGGUUUAAUGGCACACCAUGGAGUUUCUAAAACUUAUGAUAUGCUGUCUGAACAUUUUUUUUGGCCUAAAAUGAGACAUGAUGUUCAUAAAGUUUGUGCUCGUUGCAUAGCAUGUAAACAAGCUAAGUCUAGGCUUCAACCACAUGGUUUAUACUCCCCAUUACCAGUUCCUAAUGGUCCUUGGAUUGAUAUAUCAAUGGAUUUUGUUUUAGGUUUACCUAGGACUAGGAAAGGUUAUGAUAGCAUCUUUGUUGUGGUUGAUCGAUUUAGUAAAAUGGCUCAUUUUAUUCCUUGUCACAAAACUGAUGAUGCAAAACAUAUUGCAGACCUGUUCUUUAGGGAAGUUGUACGAUUGCAUGGCAUUCCUAAAAGCAUCGUUAGUGAUCGUGAUGUCAAAUUUUUAAGCCACUUUUGGCGUGUUUUAUGGGGUAAGUUAGGAACUAAGCUCGUAUAUUCAACUACUUGUCAUCCUCAAACGGAUGGACAAACUGAAGUUGUUAACAGAACCAUGACUACUAUGCUUAGGGCUAUUAUUGAUAAGAAUCUUAAGACUUGGGAGGAUUGUUUGCCAUUUAUAGAAUUUGCAUAUAAUAGGGUUGUUCAUAGCACUACUAAAUGCACACCUUUUGAAAUUGUUUAUGGCUUUAAUCCUUUAACCCCCAUUGACUUGUUACCUAUACCGUCAAAAGAAUUUCCAGGAGAUUGGGUUUGGGUGCAUUUUCGAAAAGAAAGAUUUCCUACUCAAAGAAAAUCUAAGCUUUUACCACGAGGAGAUGGACCUUUUCAAGUUCUUGAGCGCAUCAACGACAAUGCUUAUAAAAUUGAUUUACAAUGUAAGUACGGUGUUAGUGCAGCUUUUAAUGCUGUUGAUUUGAGUCCUUUUGAUGUAGGUGAUGGCUUAGAUUCGAGGAUGAGUCCUUCUCAAGAGGGGGAGAAUGAUAUGAACNCUCCAUUACCGGUUCUUAAUGGUCCUUGGAUUGAUAUAUCAAUGGAUUUUGUUUUAGGUUUACCUAGGACUAGGAAAGGUUAUGAUAGCAUCUUUGUUGUGGUUGAUCGAUUUAGUAAAAUGGCUCAUUUUAUUCCUUGUCACAAAACUGAUGAUGCAAAACAUAUUGCAGACCUGUUCUUUAGGGAAGUUGUACGAUUGCAUGGCAUUCCUAAAAGCAUCGUUAGUGAUCGUGAUGUCAAAUUUUUAAGCCACUUUUGGCGUGUUUUAUGGGGUAAGUUAGGAACUAAGCUCGUAUAUUCAACUACUUGUCAUCCUCAAACGGAUGGACAAACUGAAGUUGUUAACAGAACCAUGACUACUAUGCUUAGGGCUAUUAUUGAUAAGAAUCUUAAGACUUGGGAGGAUUGUUUGCCAUUUAUAGAAUUUGCAUAUAAUAGGGUUGUUCAUAGCACUACUAAAUGCACACCUUUUGAAAUUGUUUAUGGCUUUAAUCCUUUAACCCCCAUUGACUUGUUACCUAUACCGUCAAAAGAAUUUGUGAUGGCUUGGAUUCGAGGAUGA